AUGACUGAAGAUCUCAAGAGAAAGUCAGACCAAGCCGGCCUUGGUGACGAUGGAUCCCCGUCCCUGAAGCCGAGACUCGAACCCGACAACUUCGACCUCCCUUCUGUCGGAGCCUCACUGGCAGAUGUCGAUUUUAGCACUUUUCUCGUGGACAACGACGCUUUGUUCAAUAGUACAAACUCUUCUUUCCAGCGGGAAUUCGAGGAAGUUAUGGCUAAGCUCCCGCUACCAGAGAGCCUGGCUAUCCCGGAUGCACCCGUUCAGACUGGCCAAGGUGCAGUUGUUCCUGUCAAUGACGAGCAGUAUCAGACGAUUGAGUCCACUGAGGCUGAAUUGCCGCUCGUUAUCAGCAUUGCCUCGACUCCAAAGGCCGGAACGAGCCAACCCGAAGAUACAAACCCCAGUGCAGUCCAAAAUCAGGAUGAAACCCCUGAGAAUGAGACCGGUGUUGCAGGCAAGGACACCGUGAAGUCCGGAAAGUCCAAAACCAACAAGAAGUCCCAGAAGAAAACCACGAAGAAGAAGAGCAGUGGCUCAGGUAAAAAAGCUUCCAAGUCGAGAUCAAAAAAGUUCAAAACGACCAAGUCCAUUGAUGCGAACAUCCUCAAAACCUCCACGGUUGACUACUCAGCAAGGGUACGCGAGCACAACGAGACAUUGCCAUCGAGAACAAUCAUAGCCUGUGAUCGGUGCAAGGUAUGUGUUUUCUUCAGCGUUACUGUUGUUAUUGUUAUUCUGACUGCUGUUUCUGCUACUGUCACCGGCCAUGAGCUAACAUCUACUUCCAUCAGGCCCGAAGAACUACUUGCAGUCGUGGUGAAGUCACUUGCGACAGAUGUGAGGAAGACGGAACUGAAACUCGAUGAGAUGAAUGAGCUGGUGAGGAAAUUCGCUUACUACCUGAAAGGAGAGUCCGAAAGAGCCAAGGCUCUAAGAGAGCAACUUGAAGCUCAUGGUUAUUAUCAGCCUAACGGGCAAUUUCACGACAAACCCAUGCACUGGGACGCCCAGACUGGUGCCCCGAUGAAUCAACGGACGUUAAGACAAGAUCGGCAAGCAUCGUGGGAGAAAGAAGUGGCCAAGUUCCUGGCUGACAACCCUCCAGAAGACCCCCGGGGCUCCGGCGAGAUUCCUAAAUAUUGGUCUCCGAACGAAGAUCGGCAGGAAAUUAUGCCGCUGUCACACAUAGCGGUUCAGGAACGCAUACCGCUUACAAUGAGUCAGCGCCGACAAUUACAAAUGCAGCUGUACUACUAUCGCCAUUACAUCUCUGAUGAUGAGCCAGAUUGGGUGGAUACUGAUGAUGAAGAUGAAGAUAAAGAUAAAGGUGAUGAGAGAGGGGGAGAGGAAGAAGAGAAAGGGAAGGGGAAGGGCAAGAAAACCGCUAAGAGGAAGGGGAAGAAAGAGGGGGCGAAAGAGAGAAAGGGUAAGGCUAAGGCUAAGGCGAAGGAAGAAGAUGCGGAAGACGAAUUGGAACAGCAAGAAGGAUAUGAAGAAGAAGAAGAGGGGUUGAAAACCCCCGAAUAUCUCGACGAAAUCGCGGACUUCGAGGAUAAUAACUUCCUGACAGGGGAAAAACAAGUAUCGGAGCAAGUGGAGUUAGCAAACCUGGUGGUCAAGAAGAAGAAGAAUCCAACGGGUGGAUCAUCGCAGCCACCACCACCACCACCAAAGAAGGGAGCGAAGAAGGCGGUGGUCAAUCAGGAGGCAACAGAUGCGCUCAAACAGCUGGUCAACGAAGGGCCAACGAAAGGGAUCAACAAGAGCACGAUGGAUAUCAACCAGGAGCUAACGCAGCAGCCAAAUCAACCUGAGAUACCAACAGCCCAAGAUCUGCUCCGUCAAUCAGGGAUACAAAAGCAACAGGACCUGGACUUUCCGAGCUAUGAACUCGACGCACUCCCUUUCCUAUACGACGAGGAAUUCAAAGCCCCAGCCCCAGCAUCAGAACUGCCGCAGCAGCAGCAACAGCAGACGCCUCCGAACCAACAACAGUUCCCCUGGCAAUUGCCAAUGGCCCAAGAAGUGCCCAACCCCAACAUGGGGCGCUACUUCCAACCCCCAAUGGCUCCUGCUAAUACCAGCACCGUGCCAUACAAUUCCAAUCUCAUGCAAGGAUCUCCAACCGGGGCUGGCGCCUUCGGACGUCAUCACUUCACACAACCACAACCCCAACCCCAACCCCAGGCUAAUUCAUAUAUUAAUCCAGCUCAGUUCCUGCACCACCAUUAUACGGGCCCUCCCCAGGCCACGGGCUAUCCCCAGAACAUGGGUCCUCUCCAGACCACGGGCUAUUCCCAACAUACCACUCCCUUCCAGUCUGGGAUGCCAGCCUAUGACACUGCUCUCCAGAGCUACUAUGCUCAGAUGCAGGUGCCCCCGACGAAUGUGCUGGAUGCCAACGGAGGAAACUUUUCUAUCGACCCCGCCGAGCUGGUGAAACACGCUCAGAGCAUGCAGAAAAAGCAACUGGAUGCGAGUCAGCAACUCCCAGCUCAGAGAGUAGCAGGUGAUGCGCGCCAGGUUGCUAACAUGCAGCAGACCAACAACCGCCACCACCACCCCCAAAACAACAGUGGCUAUGUCUUUGCACGUGGUAAUGGUAAUGGUAAUGCCAAUGCCAAUGGCAUGAUGCCUCCGCCGGUGCAGGGACAUAUGAUGCGGAGGUAGUGGGGGGUGAGCUGGGCAACCAACAGUCAUGCAGCCAGCCGUGAGUGAGUGAGUGAAUGGGUAUACACUUUCCUCUUUCUCC